UAAAUGUUCAGAUGUAGCAUGUUUAAAUGAAACCCUUAACAAAAAUGAGAAAUGAUUAAGUACUUGAUUUACAUUGUUCUGACUACCCCUGUACUGGGAGAUGAGGUCGGAUACACCCAUCCCUGUGAUACUGAUCUAGCAGGGAACAGUUCUCUAUGCCAGGAGCUGGCGGAGAAAAGAAAUAUUGGGAUUGCACUCCUUGAACCCAACCUUGAUAUCGACCUGGAUCGAACAGUAGAUAUCGAGGGAAUAUCAAAUUUUAUCUCAAGUAUACCUGGUCAAGCAACUGAUGCUGUUGCCUCAGUUCCAAUUGAGCUCUUCAACUCUUAUAAAAACUUCGCUAAAGGGGUUCGGCGAGGGUUUGAUGAUAUUGUCGGAAAACUGAAUCUUGGUCCCCUCGGACAGCUUACACAGCUCGGACAACUAGGAUCCGGAUACCAAACCAAGAGAAAUGUGCUCGAGCCAGAGAAAAUUAAAGGGGAUGAUCCGUUUUCUCCGUACAGUAGCAACUAUAUCGGAGAACUGCAGUACAAUAAGAAUUCUCCAUCCUACGUAACUCCUAGUCCUGGUUUAAGUCUAGCACAACUUCUACCAUCAAUAAACUUGAAAAGCAGUACAGUUUCUAGCGGACCUACACCUAAACCUUUCAGACCAUUUUCUUCAGUUAUCUCUAAAUUUAAGUCUGGGUUCUCAACUCCCAAACCAAACAGUUUCUCCUCCCAAAAAUACUCCGACCAGAACGGAAACUUUAAUCUUAAUCUUAACGGAAACAAGGGAUUCUCACAGGUGACUACUCCGGCCUAUUCUCUCUCAUCGUAUUGGCGAAAUGAUAAUUCUAAAGAGUUCGGAGAGAAGAUAUUUGAUGAGUUUCCGGUGAAUUUAAUCCCAGCUGAAGCAGCUCAACACAACGUACCUCCUCUUCCUUCUCCUACUCAAUAUCCUACUCCUAUUCAUUAUCCUCUUCCUACUCAAUAUACCACUCCUUAUCCUUCUCCUACUCCUUAUCCUUAUCCUACUCCUACUCCUACCCCAACCUAUAUUAUAUACACUUCUCCAGCUCUAUCUCAAACCUAUCCUAGUGUAACCCAACCUACGUCUCCAGGUGUAGACUACAAUAGAAUUUCCGGGACCAACCACAUUGAUAGCUUGGGAACACUGUUCCAGAACUAUGAGACCUCUACACAAAGUGUUGUGACCCAAGUCGAAUCAACUGCUCAGAGUUUGGAGGUUUCUGAAGAAGUCUUUGACGAAUCUACUCAUAACUACGGAAUACAGGAGUCAGGGGAUAACUACGGAAUACAGGAGUCAGCGGAUAACUACGGAAUACAGGAGUCAGCUGAUAACCUUGUUGAUGACUAUGAAGCAACGGAAUCCAACGAUGAAGAAAAUGAGCUUGAUGACGUUGUUUGGCCGGUGAAACCCUUUAAACCUUACAAUCCAAUCUCCAACCAGCCCACCAACACUUUCAAACCUUACAAUCAGAAACCCAAGCUAUCCCUGGUUCCCUAUCCAGACUUCCUUUCGCCAAUUUCUUCUACCUCAACUUCUCCGACAACCACUGUCUCCAGAAGGCCUGGAGUAUCAAAAAUGGAUUCAAAACCAAAAUUGGAUUAUAAUGUUUACAACACCAAUUAUAAUUAUGUUGAUUCAGGUUCGGGUUCAGGGGUUCCAGCACCGGGUUCAGGAUACAAUCCUCCAAGCACUGAAAACAAUGGAUACAACUCGAAUUCGUACCAACCCCAAAAUAUUUACAAAAAUCAGUAUCCUGGGCAAGGGGAAAGUAGUUUAGACAGAAAGAACCAAUAUCCUCAACCUUAUCUCCGAGCCCCUGUCUUUAAGAAAGGAGAACAGAAGAAUAAGAAAAAUAAGUAUUCUCAACUCGAAGGCUUGAAUUAUAAGAAGUACAAAGGAGGAAAACCAAACCAAUCCUCUCCGCAUAAAUCCAGCCAAACCUUCCAGAAUAUUCUGCAAAAUGUUGGAGGACGAAGGUUUGAUGCUGUGGCAGUAGACUCCGGAGAGAGGAGAGAUACUGAGCAGUGGGACGGAUACUGGGAGACGAACCCUGCUUACAGUUUUAGAAAACCCCCCGGAGCACGAAGCAGGGGUCAUACCUUCUCUAAGGAGAAAAUGAACAGAAAGACAGGAAACCAGAAAAAGGAUGAUAUCUACUACCAGAGUAGGAGGUCUCAGGAGAUUUUAGAGGAACAAAGAAUUCGGAGCAACGAGGAACCUUACUUUCAAGAUGUAAGAACGGAGAAUCCUAAAAUCAAGGAUGAAUCCUAUAACUCCAGGGAGAGGAAUAAGGAGGAGAGCACAAAAAUGAACUCGCAAGCCUAUCGCCGAGCUUUGAUGAACUAUGAUUCAAGAAAACAAAGACGACAAACACAGUCCAAAGAAAAAGAUUAAAAAAAUUAAUCCCAUUUGUAAAUAAACAUUAAGACUGGUAAAUGCUGAUUUCAGUUUGAAAUCUUAAAUUAAUUUUCUCCAUCCCUAUCUGAACGAUUUCUGUAAGUAAACAAUUGUAUUGUGAUUCGUAGUUUUUAAUGGAUUAAUUUAAAAUCUGGGAUAUUGCCAAAAUACUGGAUAGAGUGAAGGUUGAAGAGCAUGAAGGUCAAACAAUUAAUUCAUCUUUUGUUGACGUUAAUUUCUGUUCUAAAAUUGUUUAAUAUUUUUAUUGCAUCCAAUUAUUAAAUGAAUUUAAGGUUAAGCUGCGAGGUUUCCAAACUAAGUUUAUAUUUGAUUUUCUACAAAAAUAUUGAAAACAAAGGGAACACAUGUGCAACAUAGAUUAUUGUUUCGGGACACACAGUUUUCUCAGAAAGGAAAAGAGUGAUGGGA